AUGCCCGUACUCAGCGUGAAUAUGAUGAGAGCCAUAUUAUUACAGCGCGCAGGAUUGAAGAGAGUCCUGAGGGGGAGUAUCUGGUACCGGAUUGCGAGGAAUUGGGGUAUGUCAGAUACUGUGUGGUGUAUGACUGUGAGACCAGCUCUCUGGAUUGCAGUGACUAUGAGGAAGAGGAGAAAGAAAAAGGGAGCAGUACUUCUUCAGAGAUUGAAAACAUUGACUCAAGUUCCACAUGUUCACAGGAUGAUGCUUUGAUCUCAUUAGAUGCCGAGGAAAGAAUUGCUGUCCAGCAUGCCAGGAGCUUAGAGCAGUUCACCCGCCAUCCUGUGCUGGUCCUGAAGGGAGGAUACAGGCGUUUUUCAGCUUGCUAUCAUUUUCUGAGGACGCAGAAGAUAUUGUGGAUGCCUCAGGAACUAGACAACUUCCAGCCAUACCCUGCAGAAAUAGUGUCUGCAAAGUUAUAUAUGGGCAAUUUCAAGCAGGCCUGUGACCAACAAAUUCAGAAAGAUUUGAAGAUCAAAGCACAAGUCAACAUCUCUGAAGAGCCUGCAACACUGUUUGCAGAAGGCAGCAAUUAUCUCCAUAUAUCUGUUCCAGAUUCACUCGAAGCAGACCUUUUUUCUACCUUUGCCACCAUUUGUCAUUUCAUAGACGCUCAGCUGGAUCACGGAGCGGUGCUGGUGUUCUCCAGCCUGGGGAUAAGCCGGAGCAGCACAGUAACCAUGGCCUAUCUUAUGUAUUCCUGUGGGUUUUCCCUCAAGAGAGCUUGGGACUACGUUCUGCAAUGCAAAACAAACAUGAGACCACACAGGGGCUUUGUGAAACAGCUCUCAGACUGGGAGACCCAAAUCCAUGGGACCACGAUCACAGACAUCUCUGAACCAAAUUACUGACAGGUAGCAAAGAGAACACCCAGCGGGGAAAGG